AUGGUUCGCUAUGCACGCACUGUUGAAAAUCCAGCAAAAUCUUGCAAAACUCGUGGUGCCUAUUUACGUGUUCACUUUAAAAAUACACGUGAAACAGCCAAUGCUCUUAAACGUAUGACUUUACGACGUGCAACACGUUAUUUAAAAAAUGUCAUCAAUAAAAAGGAAAUUAUUCCAUUCAAACGUUAUAAUGGUGGUGUUGGUCGUAAGGCUCAAGCUAAAGUAUUCAAAGUAUCCCAAGGACGUUGGCCAAAAAAAUCAGCUGAAAUUCUUUUACAAUUAUUAAAAAAUGCUGAAUCAAAUGCUGAUGUCAAAGGUCUUGAUGUUGAUCAUCUUGUUAUUGAUCAUAUACAAGUAAAUCGUGCACCUAAGAUUCGUCGUCGUACAUAUCGUGCACAUGGUCGUAUUAAUCCAUAUCAAUCAUCACCAUGUCAUAUUGAAUUAAUUUUAAGUGAAAAAGAAAAUCUUUUAACACAUACAGGUGGUGCCAUUGAAGAGGAACCAGCAGCUAAAAAGAAAGAAUCAAAGAAGAAACUUAAACGACAAAAAAUGAUGAAUAGAGAAUAA